GAACGAAUAGCCUAAUCUCAAAAAAAAAAGAAAAAAAAAAGAACCAAUAGCCUGCGGAGUGCCGACCGAUGGAUCCAUAUACAGCCAAGUGGCCGGCUGGUUCCAUGUCACGAUGAUAUAUAAAUUGAGACACGAGAGGUCAGAUCACGAGGAAGAAGCCUCUCCGCCUUUUCCCCUUUCUCUCUCAUGUGAGAGCAGAGAAGCCGAGACGGCUCUCGAUCGGAGGAUGUUGCUGAGGAGCUCGUCCACGCCAUUCCUGCACCACCCCUUCCUCUCCUCUUCCCCGUCGUCCCGCUCCCGCUCCUCCCUGCACCUCCGGCGUGCCUUCUCCGACGGCCACCUCCCAUCCCUCCACCCGUCCUCCACCCCAAACGACGCCGGCGGCGGCCUGCACACGGAGCUCUCUUUCUCCAUCUACAACACCUUCGGCAAGGACCAAGCCAUAGCCGCACCGCUGGCGUCGUCGUCGUCCUCCCAGGGACAGGUGGCUCAGCAGGAGCUGGAGGAGGAAGGGGGUCAGCAGCCGCCGACGACCGUGGUGCAGCCGGAUCACCCGGAGGUGCCGCUGUUCCUGGCGAGGGGCCUCGGGAUCGACCGCAUCGCCUCCGGCUUCUUCACCGCCGGCGGCGCCGACAAGACCGCCGGCGGCGGAGCCAACAUGGAGCGCGUGGAGGAGCAGGACGAGGUGGUGGCCGCGCUGGACGCGCAGUACAAGACGAUGGUCGACGAGCAGCCCGGCAACGCGCUGUUCCUGCGCAACUACGCGCAGUUCCUCCACGAGGUGAAGGGCGACACCAGAAGGGCCGAGGAGUACUACUCGCGCGCCAUGCUGGCGGAUCCCAGCGACGGCGAGAUCAUGUCGCAGUACGCCAAGCUGGUCUGGGAGGUGCACCACGACCCGGAGAGAUGCAUCGGCUACUUCGAAAAGUCGGUGCAGGCUGCACCACAGGACAGCCAUGUCCUGGCUGCGUACGCGAGCUUCUUGUGGGAGCAGGACGACGACGACGACGACGACUGCGGAGACCAAGGCACGGGUGGAGCGGCGGCACCGGAGCGCGCCGCGGGAACAGGGCAAGCGAUGGAGCUGGCGUCUGCGGCGGUCUGAUCCUCCUACUCGCAAUCGCAAAGUGAAGGCAUGCUAGCGAUGUAGCGUCACAUGCAUAACGUCUGAACGAUCGGCAAAAUGAAUAAAGGCAGCAUUCGGAGCUUUAGAAGGCGACCGACUAGCCAGCCAUGUAAAAUUGUAUACAAGCUCUGUUUAGCUGUAAGCGAUGAGAUGUAGAAAACCUUUUGUAAAGGCGAAGCUAUUAUGCCAUGAAAAAGGUAUUUGGAUGAAACAACUAUAAAAUUUAUCCUGUUUCCUUUUUCUUUUUA